GACAUACCUUUUGAUUUCCCUCGAUCGGUUCUUAAAUUCAAAUAAAUAAAUGAGAAUGAAAAAAGUAGUAAUAAAAAGAGUGGAAGUGCUCAAUGCUCAGUUUUGAGUUUUGACAAACUUAAGUAACAAAAUUGCAUACCACUUUUGAACAUACCCUAAACAUAAGGUACCAUUUCUGUGAUAUUCUCAUAAAUAAAGUAAUAGUAGUAGUACAUCAUAUCCACCAAAGCAAAGUAAAUAGUACUAAAUAGUGAAGACCCCCUUAUCCCCAACAGCAGAACAAAAAGAAGAAAAAGAAGAUGAUGAGCCUCUCCAUUGCCUCACCUUCCAGUGUUACCUUCACUUCCAAGAUUAACAACCUCUCCACCUCCUCUUUCCAUGGCAUUCAGUUCCCCAAAAUCAUUCAGGCGCCUGCACCUAACGCGCCGCGUCUUUCUUGGUCGCCUUUGGUGGUGAAAAUGGCGAAAAGGGAAGAGGAAUUGAUGGAUAUUAGAGCAAAGACUACUGAAGAGCUACAAGAAGAGAUUGUUGACCUUAAAGGUGAACUCUUUAUGCUUCGUCUUCAAAGGUCUGCCAGAAAUGAGUUCAAGUCUAGCGAGUUUUUGAGAAUGCGCAAAAGGAUUGCAAGGAUGCUUACAGUUAAACGGGAGAGAGAGCUUGAAGAAGGGAUUAACAAGAGGAUAUCGAGGAAGCUCGACCGGAAAUGGAAGAAAAGCAUUGUCCCUAGACCACCCCCCUCUUUGAAGAAGCUACGAGAGGAGGAGGCAGCUGAAGAAGCUAAGGAAUCUACCUGAUUUAAGACACUCAAAAUUAGCAGGCAAAUAUUGUAUUUUCUUUUCUAGAUUCUCCUCUCAUUUGGUUGCUUCACCACACGUAUAGUCUGCAACUGCUCCUGAGUUUUUGUAUUAAACCAGCUUAAUUUGCAACUGAUCAUACUAUGUUUCCAACCAUUGAGGAUGGUGUUAAUUUUCUUCCACUCAAAAUUGUACCUGAAUGGUGAAAUCUAUUUCGGUUUCUGCCUA